CGAAACGGAGUUCCAAAUGCUGGAUCCGGAAAAGUUUCUUUCCAAAACCAAUGGCUACCGAGUGACUGGUUCCCUGCCUGUCGCCGACAGCGCUUUCAUGCUCAGCAGACCUUUGGUCCAAUUCAACAUCCCGGCGGACCAACUCGCAGCUUUCGUUAUGCGAUAUAGGGACGAGUUCGUGAGGCUGCCUGCUGCCCAGCAAGUUGACCAUGGUUUCGUGCCAAUUGACGCCUCGUCUUCGUCAGCUGCGGGGCCCAAACGACGCCAAGAUCAGCCGGCCAGAGCGGGUGGAAAGAGGAAGCAAUUGCCGACUGCCCCGUUUUCGUCGGCUGCGGUUGUCCAGGCUCUGCCCGCUCCGGUUCCGCCCUCGGAUCGGCAAGGUCGCGAUGCGGCCGAGCAGUCCAGCGAGGCCACAAACUACGACGACGGAGCUGUGCGCUAUCGGGCUGGUACCCAACAUCGUUCAAAGGGAGGUGCAGGUGCCUUCGAGGAAUGUGAGGGUCAAGAUGGGGAGGGCGGUGGUUCGGAUGGGGAGGGCGGUGGUGAGGAGGGGGAGGGCGGUGGUGAGGAGGAGGAGGGCGGUGGUGAGGAGGACGACAGUAACGAAGGAGAUGCUGAAGAGAACAUUGUGAGAGGCAUCGAGAGUGCCAUAGAAAGCUCCAUCAGUGCUGACCCGGGGGUGUGGGAUAGACCUGAGCUCGUUCUUGCACCGGUUGAUCCCAACGUCAUCGUCGGGGGGCAGGGAAGGCGAAUCACGCCGGACGAGUUCUUCCAAAGAGAUUCUGCAGAGUUCGACUGGUAUGUUGUCUGCGGUCAGCACACUGUCGAGGCCAUGAAACGGUUGGUUAGAAAGGACUCCCCUGCAGUCAAAGUCUACGGCCUCCGCACGUACUCUAAAGUGCGAGUCGUCUUUUUCGAUGAUGACCACACACGCGGGUACUUCAAUGUCUCCCUCUUCGACAACACACAGGAGAAUCGCGCCAUGAUGUUAUCCUUCCAAGACGUUGUGUGUGAUAUGCGGGAAUGGUGGAUCGACAACAACAGGAUCGAGGCACCCAAAGCUAAGGUUAGCAAGAAGGAUGCCGUCGCCGUUGCACAUCAAAAAACGUGGCAGAACUUCCUUAGGGCCUGCAUGGGGAAGGCGUGCGACAAGGCGUUCGUGAAACAGACACUCGACAACGAAUACAACAAGGAUUGGAGUAACAAACUUCGGGGGUACCUGAACCUCGCCACAUUCACCCGCACGGUUUGGCCGCUGGUGGAGAAGUUCUUCGCGAUGUUUGAGGAGGAUGGUCCCAAGGGCUCCACCGUGUCCUGGAAGGAUUUGUGUCCUACGUACUUCAAGAACUUCGGGGACAUGACAUGCCGCGAGAGAGAAGUCGUGCUACUCCUGCUCAUGUCGGGGAAAGUGGUGGCAACAAAAGUGAGAGUCACGCCUCCGAGGGUGAACAUAGAGUGCCUCCUCGACAUUAUGCGCAAGGAGAGAUACAUGGUCCGCAUGUUCAACUACGUCGUGUUUCGCGCCGAGGGAAGGGCAGGGGACGAAUGGAACGACGACUUCUUCAUGUCGUACAAGGACCUGGAAGAGAGGUAUGCUUCAAACGGGUUAUGCGCAGAUGAAUGGGAGAAGCAACGGGAGAAGUUGCAUAGCAACUUAGUGAAGACGAUCCCUCGGCGACUUGAAGGAGUGGAGGAGGCGAGGCAAGGUGCGGGCUUGGGGCCUACAGAAGUAAUGUACAAGGAGGCUCCGUUUCACUUCAAGGUCUUUAUAUACACCACGAUCGAUAAGCUCGAUAUGCUUCGAGCGGAGGUGAAACGGAUCGCCUCUUGUGCACGCCAUCUUGUGUGGGACAAACUCAGCAGGCCGACCAUAUUGCUUCCUGUAUGCAUGCGGUCAAAGGAGGUUAUGGCGGCGUCCGUCGACAUCAAUGUGCAAAGCGAUGUCUUGCAUCAAUUGUACCGUUGGGAGGACAUCGAGCUCAUCCCCGGGUCAUGGAAACGCGUGGACAGGCCGCCGAGCGACGUCACAAGGUACGACAACAUCGCUACGAGCAGUCGGGACCUGAUGGCGAUCGUGCUGGACGCUGAAGGAGGGGAUCUAAAAAAAGUAACUGUCGCACCCCGACUUCACAACGAUCUCACCGAAGUGCAUGUUGUGGAGGAAAAGUUCAGGAAGUGUCUCGGAAAACACGGUGGCGUCGAGGGCGACGAAAGUGCCGCAUAUUCAAUUUGGGAGCGAGAACCUGGCAAGUUGCGAAAGUUGUGCGGUUCAUUCGUAGGAGAGGCGGAAGCUGUGCUUUUGCUGGGUAGGGCGCACGUGAGUCUUGUAUGGAAGUUAUUGCUUGCAGGUAAUAAUGCCAUUGCUUGUGACGAGUCGGCCAAGGACAUUGCAUACUUGACAAAGUUUGUCGACAUACUUGUUAAGGAUGGGAGAUUCGAGUGCCGCCUCGAGAAGCCUCGUGCCCCACAUCGCACGAACAGGGAUAUGUACCACAAGUUGGGACCGAAAAGACUGAAGGUGUGGGAAUACAUGUUCCGUGAUGCGCCGGAUGGACGCCUUGAUGGGGGAUACAUAUAUAGGAAAGCCAAGGUGACCGAGGCCCUCAAACAUUAUCACAGUGCUCUAAUUGGAGCCUUCGAGACAUUCGUUGCUCGAUACGAGAUCUUGAGGUUUGAUCUUCACAAAGAUAAACUGACGUUUAAGAACUAUGUAGACCUUGCUAAAUCGGGUAAAGGCUUUAACCCCGUUGACAGCGAGGAAGACUCGUCGGACUCCGACCUCGAGAUCGAAAAGGACACCAAUGCAACCGGGUGGUGUGGGAAGUCCGCUGCCAUGGAGCACAACGUCAAGGGAUAUGGACCGGGUCAAUCAGAGGGAUGCUCGAACCUGCCACCCGCGAAAAGUGUGGCCUCGGGUGUGGACCGGGUUGUAUGUACGCAUGUGGAAGACGACGAAGACGAUGACCUUGAUAUUCCUGCUCAGCCAACGAAGAAGGUGCCAGGCGAUCCGAUUCCUCCCAGAUUUUGUGCGGAUGCAAACAAUGUGUAUUUCUUGGAUGACAAAUACGCCUGCACUAGUGAGGACAAGUGGGGCCAUGAUAUCAUUUGGCAUGACGGCAUUUUUGAGCCAUGUAUCCAAGGCGGGAAGUGGAAAAUGGCGGUGACGUAUGUUGAGCGCGCUGCCGCGCUCGAGAGCAUGGACGUGGACUCCCAAGAAGAUGCCGCCCCUGUGCCCGAGGCGUCCACAUGGAACACGAUGAGUGAACAAAGGGAAGAUGGCGGGACGACGUUUGGCGUGAAGCCUCCGUUGCCAGAGGCGGGGAACACGCCCGUAGGCAAAAACACCAUCGGAUCCAUCUCUGUUGCAACAGGGGAUACAUCACAAGGUGAAAAAGUGUCACUCGACAAGCCGGCAGAUGCGGGCGCCACAUACGGAAGUCUCCUCGCGACAGGUGUGGCGCUGGCAGGCACAUCGGAGAUGGUGUCAGAGUCCACUGCUGGGAUGGGCGUCACGGGGAUGUCGUUGCAUCCGCCCACAUGCACUAGCAAAGGUUACGCACACUGUACAACAACACCACAGGGAAGGGUCACAGGGGAUAACAGGAAUGGGGGAAAUGCAGGGGGGUCUCCACGUUCUCGCAAUAUUGAGGACAUGACGACGGACGAUGAGGAUGGGGUAGAAGGCGGAAAGGGCGUGAGCGAUCCCACGCGUGCAGAAAAUGAGGGGUGAGACAGGGAAUGAUCUUGAGGGGAAUCCUCUUCGCGGGGAAAUUUAAUGUUUUCGU